AUGGGCCAAGUACAAGGUACACCAGAUAAGCAAGUGACUCUUAAAAACAUUCAGGAACUCUACCGGAAGUUUGCAAGCGAGUGUCCGAGUGGAAAUCUGCACUUACACGAAUUCAAGAGAAUCUUUGGAAUCACCAGCAACUCCACAGAAGAAGAAUCUGCAUACAUGGAAAACCUGUUUCGAUCCUUUGACACAAAUAAGGACGGGAAAAUAGACUUCAUGGAGUAUGUGGCAGCUGUGCAUCUCGUUCUUCGAGGAAAACUAGAGGACAAGCUGAAAUGGUCUUUUAAAGUUUAUGACAGAGAUGGAAACGGCUGUCUGGACCGACAGGAAGUAAGACACAUCGUCAAAAUCAUCUACAAGAUAAAAAAGCACAACGAUCCGGGCAUCACCGUGAACAUCGACGACAUCUGUAACAGAAUAUUUGAACUGGCGGACAAGAAUAACGACAGUCAGAUUUCUUUGGAGGAAUUUAUGGAAGGGGCUGAAAAGGACCCAUGGUUGAUGGAUCAGCUCAAACUGGACAUCGGGCCCUGUGAUUGGUUCAUGGAACAGCAGAAGAUUAAUGAAAAAUAA